AUGGCGCCCACGAAAAUAUUGGCGGUGGGCGACGUGAACGGCAAGUUCUACCAGCUGCAGAAGAAGCUGAACCAAAUCGUCAAAAAGAGCGGCCCCUUCGACAUGCUACUGUGCGUGGGCGAAUUCUUCGGCGAGGACGACGACCUGAACCGGAAGCUGAUGGACGGGCAAAUCGAUUUCCCGGUGCACACCUACAUUCUCGGACCGUGCUGCCCCUCGACCUCUGCCUACUACCCGGACGAGAAUGCCGAGAUCACGUCCGACAUCACGUAUCUUGGCAAGAGGGGCAUUCUCAAUUCGCCGUCCGGGCUGACGAUCGCUUAUAUGAGCGGGCUUGAAGGAAAAGAGGGGCUU